AGCGAGCUUCCCCAGCUAGCCUGUAGGUGGGUGUGUUUAACAGAAGGAAGCAAUGGGAACCCGCCUGUCAGCCAGCCUUUAGAGCUAAUUAGCUCAGCAUACAACAAAGAUAAGUGAGCCUGGGAGGAGGGCCCCCUGAGAGGUCUUUAGAUUCUGGGAAAUGUCUGAUUGGCAGAUGUUAAAAGGGAUUCUUUGGUAAUCCUGUGCAUCAAUGAGCUGCACAAAUUCAGUCCAGGACUGCAAGAAUUCAGGCAUGAGGACACUGUGCAGUAGGCUCACACAGGCAGACCCAAGAUGGACAGAACCUUGGAAUCCCUGAGACACAUCAUUGCCCAAGUCUUGCCUCACAGAGACCCGGCUCUCGUCUUCAAAGACUUGAAUGUUGUGUCAAUGCUACAGGAAUUUUGGGAAAGCAAGCAGCAGCAGAGAGCUCCAUUCCCAAGUGAAGGCGUGGUGGUCUAUGAGUCGUUGCCAUCUCCAGGACCUCCCUUUGUGAGUUAUGUGACCCUCCCAGGGGGAAGCUGUUUUGGCAACUUUCAGUGCUGCUUAAGUAGAGCUGAAGCCAGACGGGAUGCAGCUAAAGUGGCCCUAAUCAACUCCCUCUUCAAUGAGCUGCCCUCUCGAAGGAUCACUAAGGAAUUCAUUAUGGAGAGUGUGCAGGAAGCAGUUGCCUCCACCAAUGGCACUUUGGAUGAUGCAGAUGACCCCAGCACCAGCAUUGGAGCCUACCAUUACAUGUUGGAGUCAAAUAUGGGGAAGACCAUGCUGGAGUUUCAGGAGCUGAUGACCAUUUUCCAACUAUUGCACUGGAAUGGAAACCUAAAAGCCCUACGUGAAACAAAGUGUUCCCGACAGGAAGUCAUCUCCUACUAUUCCCAGUAUUCCCUAGAUGAAAAGAUGCGCAGUCACAUGGCCCUGGACUGGAUCAUGAAGGAGAAGGAGUCACCAGGAAUCCUCUCUCAAGAGCUACGGAUGGCCCUGAGGGAGUUGGAGGAAGCCAGGAAAGCGGGACAAGAACUGCGGUUUUACAAAGAAAAGAAAGAAAUCCUGAGUUUAGCCCUGACUCAGAUCUACAGUGAUCCUGACACCUCCUCACCCAGUGAUGAUCAGCUGAGCCUAACGGCUCUCUGUGGCUACCACUAGCAAGGCCAGGUCCCGGCUCCCCCGAGGUUGGCAGAGGCCGGACUCUAUAGGAAGCUCAGUGAAGGAGGUCAUCAGAGGCUUUAGCACCUACAGCUACUACCUGAAGGCGGUACUAAUUUUUCCCAUCCAUUCCAUUCACAGAAUCUGAGAGUAGUAGGACCUUUACAGGACCCAACAUUCCACUCGAUGCAGUUUUCCCAUCAUGCUUUCAGGAGUUCCACCUCUUACUGAAAGGAUGGAGACAAGAUUGUUGGAAAAAUAUUUUCCAAGUUUGGCUUCAACUUAAAGCCCUGUUGACAUGUGCCUUGCUAGAUUCUAUGUGUUGUUUUAAACAAUGGGCCAGUGUAGCACUCCCCCAAAAGAACAUCAUCCAAGACUGGUGAAAGUAGCAUGAUAGCAAUUUUUAAAAAUACUUGGGGUUAAAUAAACGAUAUAAAAAAUACCAUGGGUCAGAGUUUCUUCCUAAGCUUUAUAAGCUAAGAGGGACUUCUACUCUACUAGGUGUAAUCCAAAAUUGCAGUGGGGAUUUUAUCUGGACAUCCUACUAUCAAAGUGAUAAUAGUAAGAAAAUAACUUGAUAAAUUUAAUUUGCCUUAAAAUGCCAGUAAUAAUCAUUUUUUUAAAUCUACACUCUUCCAUAUGGGGAUGUCACCUAGAGUAGUACCUUCACUUGUAUUCCUCAAGAAGAAUUAAUAUCUAAUUUUUAUGAGUCCUGGAGUCAGUCACGUUCAUUUAUAAUUUUCAAAUAGAUUACUUAAAUUGAUUUGUUUUUAUUUUUGCCACCACAGUCAUAUAUCUCAUAAUGGAGAUAAUUACUGGCAUUCUAAAGGUUAAAGCAUUUUGAAAAAUCAUUAGCUUUUAACAGUGCUUGUGUUUGAUUAGUUUCUCAUGCAUUAGAGAGGAGUUUUUAGCUGUCUUUUUGUUGUUCAAGAAUAUGAGCCAUGAGUAGCUCAAAUGUAGUGUCAUUUUUAGGUUUUA